AGACACAUUUGGGGGGUUAAGGAUAAAGUUUAUACGAAUCCUCUAAUGUUGUCGUUUUCUGGCCCUCAGUUGUCUUUCUUGUCGCGGUACAAAUCAUUCUUGUUCUUUUGCACCAGCGGUCGCUUAACUCUCCUCAGGCUUUGAAGGAGUUUGAGUGAUUCUUUCUUCUAUGCAGUUCAAGCGAUUGGUUUACCUGGGGGGGUCCGUGUUCUCGUUACGGUGGUUGAUCGUGGCGUAAACCCAUGCGUUGCCUUUUUAUUCCUCUCUCUCAUUUUCUUUUCUUCAUUCUUUCUUUAAUCAUCCCAAAUGACUUUUAUGUGGGCUCUCGCGGCGUGGCAGUUGCUAGCGUCUUUUUUUGUUGUUUUUCGUGACCUGCACGUCCCCCCCCCUCCUCGCCGUGAAUUGCAGCCGCAGCAGCUUCCGAUUGAAAUUAGUGUGUCGGCGCGUCAUCGUUGCCUGUGCGGGUCGUGCAGAAGGUCGCACCUCUCACGCACGAGUACCGUGGAUGGCGAUCCUAUGGCCAUUGAGCCAGCAAUCCACAGCCAGGCGUUUGUUCUCGCGCGUCCAAUGACACAACAAGCGGGGAAGAGGGGGGAAUGA